AAAUAUGAGAGACUUGUUUCUUAUGGUGUGUACCUCAUUCAUUUGUCAAAUUGUGCUAAUUGUAUUUAAUAUAUUUAUAUAAAAGCCACAAAAACCUUAAAAGUACUCAAUGUAAAGGAUAUUAAAAUGAAAUAGAAAAAUUAUAAAGUAUCGAUAGUGCAAAUUAGCAAAACAUCAAGCAGCAAACAAUUUGUGUGGUGAUGUGUUAAUUUUCGUUGUUGUGUUAGUAAAUAUUUUUGUUUAAUUGGGUUUCAGUAUGUAUUUUCCUGUUGGUUGGCCAAAAGCAGUUAAUUUGGCAUUGCCUGGUGAAAGUGCUGUGAUAAAUUACAUAUGCUGCGAUGCUGUUAAAAUAUUGGUAGCUGCUAUAGCAGACGAUUUUCUGGGAAUAUGGUACGCAAAUCCACUGAUACCGAUAUCAUUUUAUCGAAGAAGUGCACAGUCUGUAAUUGAUUUGGGAGUUAAUAAGGUUAUUAUAUGGAAACCGGAUUCAAGACAACUAGCAAUAUUAACUAGCGCUGGAGUUCUGCUGCUAUACCAGAUAGACUUUGACGCUAAUGAAAAUGGUGUGCUUACGCAAACAGAUCCUCCUUCUUUAAACCUUAAAAGAGACUCGGCAGAACUAUUUAUAAAGGAAAAUAUUCCGCGCUUAAGCCUAAAAGAAUUACGGAAUAUUAAAUUCAGUUCAACAGUGUCAACAGUAUGCUGUGUUAGCCUGUCAGAAAUGCUAAUUGCAACCAAAGAUUGUCAUCUUAUUAGAAUUGAAUGGUCAGAUUUAGAUGCGAGCAGUGAUGGUAAUAUCGAGGAACCAAUAUCGUCUAUUAAUCUACGUAAUAUACCAUUUUUUGUAAAUUCAAAUUUUAAUCAAAAAAAUUUACCAGCAAUUGGAAUGAAUUCUUAUGUGUCCACAUUAGAGUAUUCACCUUUUCUUGGUGGAUGUCCAGCAGUUUUUAAUGACAAUCGGGCAGGGUUUAUUAUUGCUAGUCAUUUGCGCUUUGAAGCACAAAACAUGCAUGGUCUUUGGGUACAAGGUGUGGAAGAUGCGACUGUUUGUAGCGUUAAUCAUAAAUUUCGCCUGCUAGCCUUUGGUCGAUGUAAUUCUGAUGUCGCUGUUUAUGGCAUUGAAGAUUUAAAUGGUGGUUUGGAAUAUUCUCAUAAAUUGUCAUUGUCAUCUAGUAUAAUUCCUGGCUUAUUGGGAGCUGUCAAUGAACUAAAAUGGAGCCCAGAUGGUUGUGUAUUAGUUGUGGCCUGGGAAAAUGGUGGAUUUUCACUUUGGAGCACUUUUGGAACGUUGCUUAUGUCAUCAUUUACUUGGGAUUUUGGGUUAAAUAUAGACGUAGUUCGACAAAAUCCAUUACAAAUUAAUCGGCUCGAAUGGUCCACUGAAGGUUACCAGCUUUUUAUGACUUGCAAAUAUGAAUUGUCUGCCAAUAAAGAACCAAAUGACGAUAUAAAUACCAAUGUCUUCCAAUUAAGCUUUGUUAAGAGUACAUUAUCAUUGAACCCUUGUAUGGCAUCACAACCACAUAUUCUAUUGCAAGGUGAUGAUACAAUUUAUUUAAAUCAAGGAGGAAAUCUGGAAAAAAUUUAUUUUGGUUCAAAAUUCACGUUUCCGAAUAAUUCACAUGAAAAAAUUGAUAAUAAAGCUAAUUCUGAAAAUAUGGAAAUAAAGAAAUCUAUUGAUAUUUCCAACAUUCUCGCUGAAAGCAAAUAUUGGUGUAUUCUUCAAUUACCACUUACAUACGCUGCGACAAAUUGGCCAAUUCGAUAUUCGGCUAUUGAUCCACAAGGCUUGCAUAUUGCUGUUGCUGGAAGAACUGGCCUCGCACAUUAUUCAAUGAUUACAAAACGAUGGAAAUUAUUUGGAAAUGAAACUCAAGAAAAAGAUUUCGUUGUAUCUGGCGGUCUUAUUUGGUGGAAUGGAUUUAUAGUUUUAGGUUGUUAUUCGCUUUUGGAUCGAACGGAUGAAAUUCGAUGCUAUCCAGAAGAGUAUAAACUUGAUAAUCAGUUCGGCAACAAAAUCCAAGUGCGUGCUCCUGUUAUAUCGUUAAAUAUGUUUAAUGACCAGCUUAUAGUUCUAACAGCAGACGGUUUUAUUACACUUUUUGCUUUAAAAAAAAUUAACUCUUAUACACUCAAUGUUGAAGUGGCUUACGAUUUGGAUGUAAAAGGUAUGUGUGUGCAUCCAGCUUGUAUCGUUUCGCUUACUGUUACAAACCUUCACAGUGAUGUAACCAAAUCAGUUUCAGUAGGAAAAACUGACGAUACGGCUCAAACCAUUAUUGUAAAUGUAUGUGGACGUAUAAUGAUGAUACAGCGUGAUUUUCGAACCAACGUAAUUAAUUCUAUGAUGGCAUCUUGUUUAGCUUCAUGUGUGGAAUGCUUUUGGUUAUCAAAUGGUGAUGAUAAAAGCCCAAUGCGUGAUUGUUUGUGGCUUUACUCUGGAGCACAUGGAAUGCGUGUUUGGCUACCAAUUUUACCUCCUCCUACGGAACAAAUUCGUGAUGGUCCGCAUCGUCUACAUACGUUUAUGUCAAAACGAAUUAUGCUAACAUUCCCACUUAAACUUUAUCCUUUGGUGAUAUUAUUUGAUAAUGUGAUUGUACUUGGCAUUGAAAACGAAACAACACUUUAUACGAAUGAAAGCCAGUCACAUUUCUCGCUGCCGUUUUGUUUAUUAGAACGGAAAUCCCAGGUGUACUUACAUAAAAUUUUACGCCAACUUAUUAAGAGGAAUUUAGGUUACAGUGCGUGGGAAAUUGCUAAGUCUUGUCGUUCAUUGCCAUAUUUUCCCCAUUCGUUAGAGCUUUUAUUACAUGAAGUACUCGAAGAUGAGGCAACAAGCAAAGAGCCUAUACCAGAUGCGCUAUUGCCAAGUAUACUUGAUUUUAUUAGAGAAUUUCCAGUAUAUUUACAAACUAUUGUUCAAUGUGCUCGUAAAACAGAAAUUGCUCUUUGGCCCUAUUUGUUUGCUAAAGCUGGAAAACCUAAAGAUCUUUUUCAGCAAUGUUUGCAGAGUGAGGAACUGGAUACAGCUGCAAGUUACCUAAUAAUUCUACAAAAUAUGGAACCAUCUCAUGUAAGUAAAAACCAUGCUACGCAGCUUCUUGAUAUUGCUUUACAAAACGGAAAGUGGGAAUUAGCAAAGGAUCUCAUUCGAUUUUUGAAAGCUAUUGAUCCAAAUGAGAUUGAUUCACCUCGAUCGUCACUAAUUGUAAAUUUAAAAAUCGCACCACAAUCUCAAGCCCAAUCACAAGUUAACCAAAAUCCUGAAGUAUUUAAUAUGAUAUUAGGACCAAUUGGAAGGGAGCGAAGUUUUUCAACAACGGUAAUAUCCAACCUGCCAAAAGAAAAAAGAGAAAAAAUUGGUAAUUUACAAACAGCGGCCGGGUCUGUAACGUCAACUUCCGGAAACAUUAUAAGUAAUGAUUCCGGUGUGUUAUCCUCUAAUUCUAAUACAGUUGGGCAAAUUGUAAUGCGUCGGAAAAAUGAGCGUAGCAAUUCAACCAAAGAGAGAAAGGAAACCUUUUGCAUAGAAUCGAUAUUGCAGCGACAUGCACGAACAUUACUGCAACAAUAUAAAUUAAUCGAAUUGGGUUAUAUGUCUGCAUAUCUUGAUUUUCAUUUGGUUGCUUGGUUGUUUCAGGAAGCAGACCAUGCAGCAAAAUUGGAUGAUUACGUUACUACUUUAAUAUGUUUGCACGAACAGCUAAAAUUAUCGAUUCCUUUCUCCCAAACAACUUCAGAAGAAGCUCAUUUGACUACUAACUAUGAUUAUAACCAAUUUCAAACACAGUUUUUAUUAGAUAAUCGGCAAAACUAUCAACGUGCAUCAAGUCACACUUCUGAGUCGGGUUACUUCAGUUUGGCGCUAAUGGAUACUCCUACUAGUAAUAGCAACAGACAGCCAAAAAUGUCGUCCAUAAAACAUAGUGAAACAUUAAAUUAUGUGUCAUCAUCAUCUCAAGCAGCAGUUCAUACAGAUUUCGUGAACUCACGUUCAAAUUCUCAAUUUACUUUAGACAAUUCUGGCUAUAGAGGUCUUUGUUCUCCGCGUAAUGAUGUUCCUGCUAUUUCAUUGGGCUUAGACUGUUUGGAUUGCACUGAUCAUUCAAGAAUCUUACCAGAAAAACUUAGCAUUAAAAUUAGAUAUCUUCUGCAGUUAUUCAUUGAAGCUAACUGCAUUGACUACGCUUUGGUACUUUCAAUACUUCUUCAAGAUGCUGCAUCUAUUGGCCGCAUCAUCAAUGGUGUCAUUCGUUCAGAGUGUUUGGAUACGUGUAUUUGUAUAGAGAAUGCCUUAAAGCAAUUAACGCAGUGGUCAUUCGAACGUGAAUGUUUAUAUCGACCAUUUAUGAUUAUUCUACAGCCUCAAAUUUACUUACUAAAUCAGUAUAUAUUGUCAUCAGCCAAAAGUGGUACCAAUUCAAAUUUAGUUCGAAUGUCGAGUAUUUCUGAUACUUGUCAAGAAGAUGUCGAAGAAAAUGUAGACCUUAAUAAUCUAAUACCAUCAUCUCGCAACUCAAUUGUGAACUCAAAUUGGACGAAGGACGGGUAUCCCUCCGAAAUAAAUCGUUUUAAUAGACAGGCUAGUUUAGACUCAACAAAUAACGCAAACAUUCAAAAUAAUAAUGUAAAAAAGAAUAGUAAGGAAUAUUUAAGUCCAAAUCAGAACAAAGGGUGUGCAGUUAUGUAAUGCGCGUUCAAGAGAGUUUUUAUACCAGCAAAUUAACUUAAGCAAUAAAAUAAUCUCUCACUUUUCUGAAAAAUUAUAUUUAUUCCAGAAGUUCAUCGCAACGAUUUAUUUAAUAAUGUAUUUUAGAAUAAAUAAGUAAUGAUAUUUGUAAUGUAUAUGCAUAAGUUUAUAUGUAAGAUAAGUUGU